AUGUUGGACACAAAGGCUAUCAUUAUAAAAACUGCUGACAUGCCACAAGAUAUGCAACAAGGCGCCAUCGAAUGUGCUAAAGAGGCUCUGGAUAUGUUCAGCGUGGAGAAAGACAUUGCAGCCUAUAUAAAGAAAGAGUUCGAUAGGGAGCACCGUCCCAUAUGGCAUUGCAUUGUUGGCCGAAAUUUUGGUUCUUAUGUUACCCAUGAGACAAAGCACUUCAUCUAUUUUUAUGUUGGACAACUUGCUGUUUUACUGUUCAAAUCCGGAUGA